AGUGGACCCGCGGAGCAGCGCGCGAACGGAGCUCGCGCCGGCGCGACCGAUUUGCGCGCGAGAGACGUCGGAGCGAGAGGACGUCGAGCGUGGCGCGAGUGGACGUUGGACGUGACGUGUAGGGACAGUGUGAGGGGAGGACUGAGGUUUGGAGUGAGUCUGGUCUGGACGGUGUCAACCCCGCGAGUGUUGUGAUUUGGACAGCGCGAAAGUGUCAGUGUUACGGUGAACAUAGUGGGAAAAGGAACGAUGUUUGGACGUUUCUAAUGAUGCAGACAGUGUGAUUUUCUGAAAAAAAAUCGAACAGUCGUCGAGGCGGCGGUGCUCGAUUUCGGAGACAUUCAGCGAACAAUUUCAAUGUCGCCAGUGUCGUUAGCCGCUGCGACCUUUCUCACGCCGUACUUGUGAACAUUGUAUUCCCACCAUUUAGUGAACUCAAUACUCCUGCGAACCAGUGAGUCAUUCAAACCGAACUGGGUCGCAGGCAUCUCUGAAGCAGCCGAGGCGCAGGCGGCGUGGUCUCCUCUAUCCACGGAACUGCGAUUUAUCCCGCCCUGUUGAUGUGAAACAGAUCUGGGAGUGCCGCGAAAACGGACGUGCCGAUUCGGGUGACCGUUUCGCUCCGGCGGUGAACCGGAGAUUUUAGCAACGAACCGCAACUGCAGAGAGCGAGUUAUCUGUCAACUGAGCCGGGUGACCUUUGCCCUUUGUCCUUCAUUUUCAUUCGAGGUUACCUCGCUCUUCUGAAGAAACUGGACCGUAACGGAUUCUGCCGUUGAACCUGUUGAAGAAGUUUUAGAAAUCACACCAUGGACGGCGUGGCAAGAACACGCCGGUCUAUGCCGCGUAUUCCCUGGGUUGCUCGCGAUGUUCGCGACACUUGCGAGGGUCGAGACGCACUGCAGGCGAUCCCCCUUCCCUGCACGUCAGGAGUGCCGCUGAGCCGUCCCUCUGAUGGCCCCGUGGUUUGUCGAGCUCGACCCAUGGAGGCCAACGCCCUCGCGCAUCGCUCCCGGUUCUCAGAUGUGCGACUGAGUCUGCGGGUGCGUCUCCCGGAAACGCACUCAUCACGACUCAUCUCCAGGCUUGCUGAGCCGUUCAAGAUACGUCUUCGCCGCCAGAGAAGCCCUGCUUCGAGGCUGACCCGUACGCAGAGUGUGACCCUGACCCCGGCUGCUGGGGUACAGCGGCGCAGCAGCUUCCAGGAGAGGCUGCGGAAGCUCGAAAGACCGUUCGUGAGACGAAGAGUCCCACAGCCCGUGUGUGAAGAAUCGGACGAUGAUCUUGCGGAUGUUGCUGAUGUUCUUCGCGAGAAUCGUCAGGGUUGCGAGUCUAGCGCCAAGCGCGAUGUCAAACCCAUUCGUGAAGCGAGGAUGACAUUUGAAGCCUACGACACGCAGAGUGAGAAACUGAACAUGUGUAGUUUUGUCACGGAUACCCAGGCCUCCGCCAGUAGUCCUGCCAGUCCCGAAGCUGGCGAAACCCGUGCUAGGCGUCGCCAACGUGUCUCCUACGCCGCCUUCACAUCUGUCGCCCGAGCUUCUCGCGCUUCACGACUCUUCUCAGCAGACGGCGCCGAUUCAGCCGGCGCGAGCGAGGCGGGAAGCGACUCUGGAGCGUCCAGCUACGAUUCGGAUCGCUCCUCAGACCGACCAAAGACCAUCACAGAUCUCUCGCAGCUCUAUGCGGAUGUGACGCCAUCGCGGACUGGUCGUCGUCGCUCCGGAAGUUCGGAUACCCUGCGCGACGCCACGGCGGAAGUCGCCGGACGGAAACGAUGGCGCCAGGGCAGCAUGGAGGUUCUUGUGGACGGGCUGAACAUGACGAAGGCGGAGAGGAAGAGACUGGAGAAGCUCAGCAAGAUCAACAUCCACCUCCAUGCUCUGUAUGCUGCCGUCGAACACGGUCAACUGGAGAAGGCCAGAGCCAUCCUGAAGACAACUGAUGUGGAUGUCAACAGCGUGAAUGGGGAUGGCUUUUCACUGCUGGACAUUGCUGUGAUGACCAACAAUCAGCAGAUGGCGCGACUUCUGCUCACCUGCGGAGCCAGGGAAAGCUCCCAAUUUCUGUCCACGGACAGCAGGUGCUCCCACCUGCAGGAGCUGGUGCGGAAGGCGCAGCGGAGGGUCGACAUGCUUACCAGCUACGUCUCCAGCACCAACGGCGGCAAGGAGUCGGAGAAGCAGAGGACCCUGUGGCAGAGGCGACUCAAGCUCCUCAACAGGAUGAAAGUCGGCUUCGACCAGACGCGCCCGCCUGACCCCCCAGCUCGGGUCACAGUCGAGGUCACUGGUCCCCAAGAGGUCAGACUGCGCCUGGAUGAACCCGAUUGUCAGCAUCAGGCCAUCUGCACCAAGUACAAAGUCCAAUGGUCGACAUCUGCCGACUUCAGUAGCGUCGCCGGUGAGCGUGAUGUCACUGACCUGGUUCCACCACCCGAGCUACCCGUGAGACAACUGACCCAGGGGAGGCGCUACUUCUUCCGCGCGGCGGCCGGCAACUUCUGUGGCUGGAGCCGCUUCGUCAGCUCGAGUCCGGCCGGCGUCCUGCCAUCAGUAUGGAGGGACGCCGACCAGCGUAUGUCCCGUCUGAGCGGAAAAGUGGCAGCUCUAGACCGGCUCUUUACCCAGAUCCGUGACUCCCGGCCUCAGUACGCCAGUGACCUCAGAAAUCUGGACGGCCAGAGCGAGUCACCUAUGGCGCGGAAGAACAUCAAGAAGAAGAGUAUCAAGAACCUCUUCCAGACGGCCAUCAAGUUCCAGAAACAUCUCAGAAGCGGCGUGUACCUGGCUAGCGUCAUCUACCACGAGGACCGUGUUGCCAUGACAACCGAGGACUUUCUACCGGUCCUGGAAGUGGAUGAGUCCUACCCGAGCUCCAUUCACGCCGACUUUCAUUGGCUAAUGAAGGUGGCCUGCACGUGGGACGACGUCCGGUCACUGCGCCAGGACAUGGAGAGAUCUCUGAGCUCCUCGUCUGUCCACUUCCGUAUCAAACUGCUGGCCGCCGCCGAGCAGCUGCAGUCGGCUCUGGGUGUUCAGGACCUGGGUCAGCUGUACUUCAAACCGCUGCGGGACAGCCAUGGCACCCUGGUGUUCGUCGUCAUCUACCACAUGAGGUCGGGCAAGCUUCCGUCGGCCUCUGUUAGGUGGCAGCAGGUGAACAAGCUGCAAAGGAAGGUCUCCACGUCGGAGGAAGAGCCGACUGUCGGCGAGAGUCUCAUCUCUGAGAUCAAGGACAUCAUCACGUACCACAUGGUCUCCUCGGUCGGCGUGUCCCGGGGACUCUACCUCGGCUACCUGCAAUGUCAGACGUCAGUCGACAUCAUACGGGUCAGCGUGUCCAAGGACAAGCCGAAUGUCCUGCCGCACGUGCGCGUCAGAGACAACCCGCACGUCAGCAGUGAGGAGUGGGAGUGGCUCCAGGAGAGCUCCUCCUACCGGCCGCCGACCUCCGAGGAGGACGGUGACGUCACACCCGGCGUGACGUCAUCCAGCUUGAGUGUGACGUCACGGUUCAGGACCCAGGUGGAGACAGCGGUACGGCGGCUGCUCAAACUGAUGGACGUUCCCGCGGAACAGGCGGCCAAUCACAGGCUGUACAACGCCGAGGUGCUGGAGCUGAACGGCACCACCAGUUUCCUGCUGCUGGUACCGGCUGCUGAUCAGGUGUGCUCGAUCAAACAGACGGAGGAGCUGACGGCGCCCAACGACUGCCUCCGCCUGCCCGUCCAGAUUUUCGAGAUGGUACACAUGAUGACCUACCAGCGCUCUUUCGUGAGCCGCUACAGUCGCAUCAGCUCCAUCCUGGAGACGGAUACCAUCAUGGCGCAGCACGCUCACAGAGAGGCAUUCAGUGACGCCGAGAUCAGCGAGGCGCGGGGCCGUCUCUCGCAGCUGCAGACCUUCCAGACGGAACUGGAGGGUGUGUGGAGGACCUCUCGCUGGCUCACAGACGCCAUCGCCUGGGCCAGGGAUAAGACGCAGGAGGGUUGCCCUCUCUCGGUGGCAGCGCUCCGCUCCUGGGACGGCCGAGAUGUCAGCGUCUCACCCGUUCGAGACGCCAAACGGCUGCGAAAGGAGGAGGCCCCGCCGGCGCCCAGCCCGGCCGAGUUCCGCAGAUCCAGCUCUCAGCGUCUGCUAAAACCCCGUCCAGAGUUCCAAAAGUCGCGCACAUCCGAGUGCCUGCUCAAGUCUCGAGGCGCUGGUGACGAGGGACGCGCACUGCUCGGUUACCAAGACUCGAGUAGCGAGGACUCUCUGUCUCGCCCCCGACCUCCCAACUCGGCCCGCAUUGUUGGGGGAGUGGGUGGUAGUGGUGGUGAAGGCACUGGAGGGACGCAACUGCUUUCGGUGGCCUCGGACCUUCGGAAGAGUUCUGCGCCCGAUGUGUACGUCCACGCGGACGUGGAGCGACAGUGGAACGCGGCACUCAGUCGCUCAACGCCCAGCUUUGGCGAGCGCCUGGCGCCACCCACUCGCCAGCUUCGCAUGCGUGGUGGCGGAGACCGCUCACCCAGCGACGCGAGCAGUUUGGCCUCCUCCGCGAGGAGUCUGUCGUCGAAUGACACAGAAACGGACACAGUCAGUGCCGACGAGGCUGACGACGCGUCGGCGGCGGCGCCGGGCGUGUUGCAGGUUUUCGCGGCAUACGAGACCGGACUGGCGGCCGGAACGUCGGUACGACUGCACGUAACGCCUCGCACGUGCGCACGUGAGGUGGUGGAUCUGGUGGUGAAGCAGCUGAACAUGGCUGUGGUACUGAAGGGUCGUCAAGGUCCUGUGUACUCGGCCGACCAGCUGCGUACCUUCUGCCUCGUGGCAGUGAUUGGCGCGAGGGAGAGAUGUCUGAGGGAUGACUUUCGGCCGCUGCAGCUUCAGAACCCCUGGAAGAGGGGCAAGCUGUUCGUGCGACGUCGCACAGAGAUUUUAGCGGCGAUUCAGCAGAACUCUGUCCGAGAUAAGGAAGCGGUCUAGGAGCAGGAGGCCGUGUACUCAACUUCGCUGUGAUUGAUUAUGGAAUGUGACUGCUUUGCGUGUGUUUAUUGUGCGCGCGUUCUGUGCGGUGUUGAAUGUGAGAGGUGCGUUUUAUCAGCAUUCCACGCGCGGUUGUAAUGGAUAUUUAUUGUGGUGGCGCGCGAGAGAGCUGCCAUCUGUUGAGCGCGGCGUGAAGCUAUACUUACGAUCGGGAACAGAGAUGGGCUGUUAAUUUAUGCCGAACUAUGUAGAUGCUUUGUUACUUGUAUCUUGUUGCGGCGGUGGCGCCGCGGCUUCAGAGUUCAGACGACUGUCGGAGGGUAGGUGAGGAUGAAAUAAAACGGAGCCCACCAACAGA